GGCAGGAUAGAUCGAAGUGUCAUAUAUUAGUUUGACGUGAGCCACAACUCGUUGAACGAGCACACUGGUCGAUAAUUUUAUUCGUGUCUUUGAUUUUAGAGCAAGAGUUUUUACCUUUAAAAGGCUGGUGUUGAUUAGUUUUAUAAAAAAACGUAUAUUUAAAAGGAAAGAAAUACUUAAGACUUGUUAAUACGGCUUGAUAGUUGGAUACGAUGGCUACAUCGGCAGUCCACGAGGCUGACGACCUUAACACUUGCGCUGUGUGUUUCGAACAGUACAACUUCGUCGAUCGCUUGCCCAAGUUUUUAAGCUGCCUUCAUACCUUCUGUAUCAGCUGUCUAGGAAAAAUGCUACUAGAUUCGUCGUCGAUGACGAUAAGUUGCCCGGCAUGUCGAACUGUCACUUCCCCUGGCGGUGGUCUGGUUAGUCUAAGAACUAAUGAGCAUGCUCUUAGAGUCUUGGAGCUACAAGAAAAAAUCACUAAUCUUAAUUGUUCCAGCAGAAGGCAGCCAGCAUGGUGUCAUACCUGCGACGAACUGGCUGGUCUUUCCUGUCAAUUCGGUGUGCAUUCCAUCACGCCUUUAGGAAAUGACGUUGUGGAAAAGCAUCUCUCGCAGAAUCAAAAGAACAAAGUUCAGCUAAAUCUCUCCUACGCGUUAGGACGACGCAUGGAAAUAGACUCUUACUUAAAGUCCAUGAAACAGAGUAUUUCAAUCUUAGAUAAGCAUGUGGCUCAGCUGAAAGAAGAUAAUGCUGUACAAAUCAGCUUAGUCGAAGGAAUUUUACAUGAAAUGGAAUUACACCAGACGUGCGAUGCUUCAAGAGGUAACUCAAAACGCCAGCAAAGCAGUCAACCCGUAGAAGUGGAAGCCGAAUCAGCCUACUCUUCAGCUUUGUCGCUUGCCCAAACAUUUGAGGGAGCCAAAAACAUUCUGAUUUCCAUGAACGUGGAAACAAUUGACGGCAAAAUGGCGCCAGCACUCCCGUGGCUCAAUCGUAUUAAAUUGUGCCUUAUGAACCAAAUCGACGACAAGGCAGUUAAUGCAGCAGGACUUAACAUUCUUUCAUUCAUUUUGCUCCUUCAGCUUCAGCAAAAUCGUCACCAGCAGCAAGUGAACGCGCCUGUUUCACCUUCUGUACCGUCAACCUCUCAAAUCACGACGUCACCCAACAAUACGGUUUCAAUGCUUCGCUCUUUUCUUCUGCCACAACAGCUUCAUUCAAACCAUCAAUAUUGCUCCAUGACGGUGGAAGUGAACUUUGAUAAGAAAGCAACUCUACUUUUUCAAUUGGCUCCUCAAGCCUCUUCCGAGCUUAAGAGCAUCUUUAUUCGUUCGUUUUCAUCGACGUACGCCAGCUAUUUUCAGUCGGUCGUAGUGAAGGCAGGAAUCAGCCUUUUUGUUGUAUUCGGUUCACCUUACAAUAGCCGUAGUCUAAUGACCUUCCAGGGAGAGAAUGCCUAUUACCAACGUCCCUUUAUUAUGGAGCGUGGAGAUGUUGGCAUUUACUACAGCAAUGGACCGCAGCACAACGGGGUCUAUGAUAUGGUCAUAUUGCUGGCUCCCUUUUCAGACCGUAAUGUAAGACGUGCUCCGCUUGUCGCUCGUUUAAUGAAUGGUGUCGAAUUCUGCCAUUCUCUAAGUCAUUUAAAAUUGCACGAGCGGGCUUCAUGCAAAGUUGUUCACUGUGCAAUUUUUUAAGCUCUGAUUUUUAGAAAUUGAACUGACGUUUUUAAACCCAAAUGACGCAUGAAGUGUGAAUAUUUUUCGGACGCAAUAGAUGUCGUGCAGUACUAUAUCAAUACAAGUUUAUGACAAAA